AUGAUUGAAGACUGGUCUGAAGGUGAAGUUUCGUUAGUCUUUGAAAAUAUCAAUAUGAAAAUAUCAGAAUUCAGAGAGAGAUUCCUUCGUUACUUGAAAACUCUUGAUAUUUCAUUCCAGAGAAAAUUAGCGCAUACAUGUGAUGCUAUAUUCAAAGACACUGUACUGGCACGAUGUAGUCAAUAUAAUGAUAUUCCAUUGAUACAAUGGUGUAUUUAUCAUAAUGUUGAUGUUAACAAGUGUAAUGUCUAUGGUCAUAAUCCUUUGAUCGUAUCAUCACAAACAGAAAUAGUUAAGUUAUUAUUGGAAAACGAAGCAGACAUUAACAAGUGUGCAGUUGGAGGAGAAUCGCCUUUAGACAUUGCUUGUCAGUAUAAUUAUAUAGAGCUAGUAAAGAUAUUACUCGAUUACAAGCCAGACAUUAAUAAUUCUAGAAUAAAUGGGGGAUUUCCUUUGAGUUUUGCUUGUUUCCAUAAUUUUACAGAAAUAGCAAAGUUGUUAUUGGAAAACGGUGCAGAAAUAAAUCAGUGUGAUAGAGGAGCCCCUCUUUUGUAUAUUGCGUGUCAGAAUAAUCUUAUAGAGAUGGCAAAGAUAUUACUGGACAACAAGGUAGACAUUAAUAAGUGUAGAGAUAAUGGAGAAUCUCCUCUGUAUAUUGCUUGUUACUGGAACCAUAUAGAGAUAGUAAAGGUGUUACUGGAUAAACAUGCAGACAUUAAUAAGUGUAUGACUGAUGAAUCAUCUCCUUUGUUUGUUGCUUGUCAGAAUAAUCAUAUAGAGAUUGUAAAGGUAUUACUAGACAACAAGGCAGACAUUAAUAAGUGUAAGGAUGGUGAAAUAGUUAAGUUAUUAUUGGAAAACGAAGCAGACAUUAACAAGUGUGCAGUUGGAGGAGAAUCGCCUUUAGACAUUGCUUGUCAGUAUAAUUAUAUAGAGCUAGUAAAGAUAUUACUCGAUUACAAGCCAGACAUUAAUAAUUCUAGAAUAAAUGGGGGAUUUCCUUUGAGUUUUGCUUGUUUCCAUAAUUUUACAGAAAUAGCAAAGUUGUUAUUGGAAAACGGUGCAGAAAUAAAUCAGUGUGAUAGAGGAGCCCCUCUUUUGUAUAUUGCGUGUCAGAAUAAUCUUAUAGAGAUGGCAAAGAUAUUACUGGACAACAAGGUAGACAUUAAUAAGUGUAGAGAUAAUGGAGAAUCUCCUCUGUAUAUUGCUUGUUACUGGAACCAUAUAGAGAUAGUAAAGGUGUUACUGGAUAAACAUGCAGACAUUAAUAAGUGUAUGACUGAUGAAUCAUCUCCUUUGUUUGUUGCUUGUCAGAAUAAUCAUAUAGAGAUUGUAAAGGUAUUACUAGACAACAAGGCAGACAUUAAUAAGUGUAAGGAUGGUGGUAAUUUUCCAUUGUAUGUAGCGUGUCAGGAAAAUCAUUUAGAGAUUGUAAAUGUACUACUGGAUAACAUGGCAGACAUAAAUAAGUGUACAAACGUUGGAGCAUCUCCUUUGUUUAUAUCUUGUUACUUAGGUAAUACGGAGAUUGUAAAAGUAUUACUUGACAACAAAGCAGACUUUAAUACGUGUGAUGAAGAUGGAGCAUCCCCAUUGCAUGUUGCUUGUCGGAAUAAACAUACAGAGAUAGUAAAAGUUUUACUUUACAACAAUGCAGACAUUGAUAAGUGUGAAGAUCAUGAUGCAUCCCCUUUAUAUAUUGCUUGUCAGAAUAAUCAUAUCGAGAUUUUAAAGGUAUUACUGGACAAUAAUGCAGACAUUAAUAAGUGUGAUGAAAACGAAGUAUCUCCUUUAUAUAUUGCUUGUCAGUAUAAUCAUAUACAGAUAGUAGAGUUAUUACUUGACAACAAUGCAUGCAUUAAUAAGUCUAAUUGUGAUGGAACCUUUCCGCUGUAUGUCGCUUGUCAUUUGAAUAAUAUAGAGAUAGUUAAGAUAUUACUGGAUAACAAUGCCGAUAUUAAUAAGUAUGCAGAUAAUACAGAAUCUCCUUUGUAUAGAGCUUGUCUUAAUAAUCAUAUAAAAGUAGUUAAACUAUUACUGCAUAACAAGGCAGACACUAAUGUGUGUACGGAUGAUGGAGCAUGUCCUUUGCAUGUUGCUUGUGAGAACAAUCAUAUAGAGAUAGUAAAGAUAUUACUGGACAACAAGGCAGACAUUUAUAAGUGUACAGAUGAUGGAGCAUCUCCUUUAUAUUUUGCUUGUCAGAACAAUCAUAUAGAGAUAGUAAAGAUAUUACUGGACAACAAGGCAGACAUUAAUAAGUGUGAUAAUAACGAAGCAUCUCCUUUAUAUAUUGCUUGUCAGAAUAAUCGUAUAGAUAUAGUAAAGAUAUUACUCGACAAUAAUGCGGACAUUAAUAAGUGUAUAGAUGAUGGAACAUCUCCAUUGCGCAUUGCUUGUCAUUCUAAUAAUAUAGAAAUAGUAAAGAUGUUACUGGUCAACAAUGCAGAACUUUUUUAG